AUGGUGCUGUCUAACUCUCAAACAUCGCCUACUUGGAAACACACAGCCUCUUCUUUAGUCGCUCAUGGGUUUCUCUUUGUAAGCGGGGUUUCUCUCGUUUGGGCCCUACUAUCCUUCGUAUACCACCCUAACCCUAAUUUUGAAACCUUCAAAACCAAUCCUAACCUUUGUUAUGAUCCCCCUCAAACUACUUUCUAUGACGACCCUCAUCUCAGCUACGACAUUGAGAGACCUAUGAAAGACUGGGACAUGAAGCGAAGAGAGUGGUUCAAGCAUCAUCCCUCCUUCAAUGCCGGCUUACGCAAUAGAAUCCUCAUCGUGACAGGAUCACAACCGUCCAAAUGUCAAAACCAAGUUGGAGAUCAUCUGCUAUUGAGACUGUUCAAGAACAAAGUUGAUUACUCCCGACUCCAUGGCUACGACAUCUUCUACAACAACGCCUUGCUCCAUCCCAAAAUGACCGGUUUCUGGGCAAAGUACCCCCUCAUCCGCGCCGCCAUGCUGGCCCACCCGGAGGCCGAGUGGAUCUGGUGGAUCGAUUCAGACGCAAUGUUCACAGACAUGGAGUUCAAGAUCCCAUUGGAGAGGUACGAAAACCACAACCUGGUUGUGCACGGUUGGAAGCAUUUGAUAUACAGCAAGCAAAGCUGGACAAGUGUGAAUGCCGGGGUGUUUCUCAUGCGGAACUGCCAAUGGUCCAUGGACUUCAUGCAGGCAUGGGCCAGCAUGGGGCCACAGACCCAAAACUACGACAAGUGGGGCCGGAUUCAGAAAUCAACUUUCAAAGACAAGAUGUUCCCUCAAUCUGAUGAUCAAUCGGCUUUGAUUUAUCUUCUUCUAAACAAGAAUGAGAGAGCAAAGUGGGAGGACAAGAUAUACGUAGAGAGCGAGUACAGCCUCAGUGGGUACUGGCUGGGAAUAGUCGACGAUCUUACCAACGAGCGGGGGGCCGAGCUGAUGAUGGGCGACUGCCGUGGUGCAGUUGGCAGCUGGAGAAGGCCUUUUGUUACGCACUUUACCGGGUGCGAGCCAUGUAGUGGAGACCACAAUCCCAUGUACACGUGGGAAGCUUGUUGGAAAGGGAUGCUCAAGGCUUUGAAUUUUGCAGAUAAUCAGGUGCUUUCUACAUUCGGUUUCGUGCAUCCGGACCUUCUCAAUUCCUCCUGGGUAUCCAGAAGAGCCUGAUUGAUUUUUGUAUUAUUACUUUCCAUAAUUGACUGACAUUUUCAAGUCAAAGAGUACUGUAAAGUAACAUAACUUCUGGCUGGACCGGCUAACUGGGUCAAGGCUUUUGGGUUUAGCUCCGUGUUUUUUGAAAGGCCUGAUUCGUCUUUACUGUUUGUUUGGCAUG